ACAUGAUAAAUUGGGUCUCAAUGUCAAUACUAACCCUUAGCUACCACGCUCUCUACUAAUCAAUCCCAGCCGUCCAUUCCCUUGCUUUAAAACUCAGAUCUGACCAAAACUUGCUCUUCUCUUUCUCUCGCCGUUUCUCUUGCUCUUCUCUGCUCCCUUCACACGACCUCUUCAAUUAAUCGGAUCUUGCUAUCCGUACAACACAAGAUCGAUUAAGUUAUUUAAGAGAGAAUGUUUGGGAGAGCUCCAAAGAAAAGCGAUAACACGAAGUACUAUGAGAUCCUUGGAGUGUCGAAGACCGCUUCGCAAGAUGAUCUAAAGAAGGCUUACAGAAAAGCCGCCAUCAAAAACCAUCCUGAUAAGGGCGGUGAUCCUGAAAAGUUUAAAGAGUUGGCCCAAGCAUACGAGGUUCUGAGUGACCCAGAGAAACGAGAGAUCUAUGACCAAUAUGGCGAGGACGCGCUCAAAGAAGGAAUGGGUGGCGGAGGUGGUGGUCACGACCCAUUUGAUAUUUUCCAAUCCUUCUUUGGUGGAAGCCCUUUUGGUGGGGGUGGAAGCAGCAGAGGCCGAAGGCAGAGAAGGGGAGAGGAUGUGAUCCAUCCCCUCAAGGUUUCUUUGGAAGAUCUCUACAAUGGGACAUCCAAGAAGCUUUCUCUCUCUCGCAACAUAAUCUGCUCCAAGUGCAGGGGUAAAGGGUCAAAGUCAGGUGCUUCUUUGAAAUGUCCUGGGUGCCAAGGUUCUGGAAUGAAAGUCUCUAUUAGACACCUCGGCCCCUCCAUGAUCCAGCAAAUGCAGCAUCCUUGCAAUGAGUGCAAGGGUACUGGGGAGACCAUUAAUGACAAGGAUCGCUGCACACAAUGUAAGGGUGAGAAGGUUGUUCAGGAAAAGAAAGUCUUGGAAGUCAUUGUGGAGAAGGGUAUGCAAAAUGGUCAGAGGAUCACAUUCCCUGGCGAAGCUGAUGAAGCGCCAGACACCAUCACGGGGGAUAUUGUUUUUGUCCUACAACAAAAAGAGCACCCAAAAUUUAAGCGAAAGGGUGAUGACCUGUUCUUUGAGCAUACCUUAUCCCUCGUGGAAGCACUCUGUGGCUUCCACUUUGUAUUGACACAUUUAGAUGGAAGACAGCUCCUCAUCAAAUCCCAACCUGGUGAAGUUGUUAAGCCAGAUCAAUUCAAGGCUAUAAAUGAUGAGGGUAUGCCAAUGUACCAGAGACCAUUCAUGAAAGGUAAAUUGUAUAUUCAUUUCACAGUGGAGUUCCCCGACUCACUAAACCCAGAACAGUGCAAGGGCCUGGAGGCUGUGCUACCUCCCAGGUCUUCUGCACAGCUUACCGACAUGGAGCUGGAUGAGUGCGAGGAGACUACACUGCAUGAUGUGAACAUAGAGGAGGAAAUGCGUCGAAAGCAAGCACAGGCCCAAGAGGCUUAUGAUGAGGAUGACGAUAUGCAUGGUGGUGCCCAGAGGGUUCAAUGCGCGCAGCAAUGAUUAGAUAGGCUUAUGAGAUUAUUUGAGAAAAUAAAAGUUCUCAACAUUGUGGUCUGUUGUAGUUUAUUAGUGUUUAUUUCUGGUUUGGUUUGUGAAUCCGUGACUUUCGGGGAUUUGGAAGUUAAGCAAUAGCUAUAUUAAGAACAUGCUUAUUCUACGUAAUGUGGAUGGUUACUUAUAUAUACAUAAUUAUAAUUGUUGUUUGUUCCUA